AACCAUAGCAUCAUCAGGAACAACACUGGACAAGGUGCUGCCAUCACUGCUCUCUGUGCUGGAGGGCUGGCCACAGCAGAGAAUGUACACCUCAGAUGGAGACAAUACGGAUGUAUUUUCCCUGGCUGCAACCAGGGUGGUUUGGGAGAUUCUCCGCCUGCCCUGGUGCCCAGAGCCGUUUAUGGAAUAUUCCCCCCAUCUCGUCGUGGCUCUGCUCUUCCAAGUUUUUAUCAGUACAGAGCAGGUGCCAGAGGAGGUUGAUAAUUUCUGGAGGACAUGUCAGGAGCAACACGGCCUUUCCACGAGCAUCAACAGGUUUGCAAUGCAGACUUUAAGGGCGCUGUUCCACCAUCUGCGCUGUGUGCAUUUACUGGUUGCAAUGGAACGCAAGUGUGGUUGGGACACCCUUCUCUGUGUUGACACCCACCACUAUGCUGUGGGUCUGCUGGCCAGAGAGAUGCGCCGUGUCUCCAUCCCCUUGUGUUCGUGCAUUGCACUCCGCCUGCUCAGGCUGCUCAACCAGGAGGAACCACGCUGGGAACUUGCUGCUAUGGCGUUCCUUGUGGAGGUCCUGGAGUGCCUGGACUUGAAUGAAUGGGGUGAAAACCUCCUGGAGAUCAUGACAAAGCACCUGAAGAGCGAGUCCAAGGAGGAGUGUCACCUGGCACUCAGAGGCCUCGUGGUGCUCAGCCAAGAUCCCUUGGUGGUGAGGAGGCAGUGGCUGAAGCUGUGCUGGCAGUGUGGGGCUGGGGAAAGCAGCCUCUUGGGCUUGGCUGGGCUUUGGGAGCUGUGGCAGCUGCUCCCAGCUCUCCUGUGUCGCUGUUUAGCUGCCCGAGUGCUUCGGGAGAGGCCUUUGGCCUCUGGGCUCCAUGGCAGCAGGGUGGGACUGCAGCACUGGAGCGGUGUUGGCAGUGCAGCUGUUCAUGGAUUCAUACCACAAACAUGUAUUCCACACAGACCAAAAAAAUGUGCAGCCUGUCUGCAAGCUUGGUGCAGCUAUUGA